CAGCUGAGCGGGAGGCGGGGAAGGAGCCGCCGAGCAGGCAGCCGCGGGGAAGGCGGCGGCGGCAGCAGCGGAGCCCGGCCCGGCAGCAGGGAGGGCGGCCGCCCCGUGCCGGUCAGCCGCGGGGGCAUGAGCGCAGGUGUUCUUUGGCUGCUCUGUAAACAUGUCCACAGACCUUCUAUGAAUAUAGGGCAAUGGCUUCCUUCUCAACACCUCCAAAAGUGCAAAGGAGGAAACCCCACUUCAGUGUGCCUUUGGAACUACAAUACUGAAGGGUGUGAGGACUGUGGCAAAAACCUUAUAGGAGAAUGCAAACUCCAUGGACCACUCAUCAGGGUUAAAGACAGGGUUAUUCCUAGCCGUGCCCGCCUUACCCUACCUCACUACCUCACUUUACAAGUGCUGGAGCUGCGAGCUGAGAACCAACAGAUCCUGGGAGUGUUUGCUAAGAAAGUCAUACAGAAGAGAACACAAUUUGGUCCAUAUGUUGGCAAACUGUCUACAAAACUGACCCACUAUGAUGACAGCAGGCUAGUUCUGCAGGUAUUGAAAGAUGGAGGAAAGUACUUUCUGGACACUCCCAAUGAAGACUGUGGAAACUGGAUGAUGUUUGUCCGGUUGGCUCAGAACCAAGAAGAACAGACUCUUGUAGCCUACCAGCACCGUGGAGAAGUCUACUUCACAACCAUUAAGCCAAUUGAACCCCAUACAGAAUUAAAAGUGUGGUAUGCAGCAGAUUAUGCCAAAUUUAUGGAAGCUUCUGCAGUUGUCAUUAAAGAAGAAUCUGAUAUCUAUACUUUACCACCAGUUUCAACAAUAAGAGAUUCUGCAGACCCUUGGAUAUGCUCCAGUUGUAGUCACGUUUUUGGGACUUUUGCUCUGUUGGAAUCUCACCAGUGCAUCAAUAAAGACCGAGCCCUUACUCCCAGCUUCAGACCACCAAAUAAGUUGGGACCUGUGAAAACCAAGAGCAAGCCCAAAGGGAAACUGAGAGGAACUGCCUUGGGCAAAAGCACUGUCCAGUGCUACAGGGCCAUUUCCUGUUCCCCUGGUGCAAAGCUUAGCUGCACCAGCUCAGGAAGUAUUUGCAAUCCCAUUGCAAGGUUUGUGCCAAAAUGGAGAAGUGGCCAGUCUUCACUGAUGAAGGGAAGAGAAAUGAAGCAGCCAGACAGUUUCCACUGCCAACUCUGUGGAAAGAUAUUUGAUUCAAUUGAAAAGCUCACAAUUCACACUUACAAUCACACAGGGGAGCGUCCCUACAAGUGUUCACAGCAAGGAUGCACAAAAGCUUUCCUUUCCAAAUAUAAACUAAUAAGGCACUCAGCCACCCACUCUCCACAGAAAUCUCACCAAUGUGGUUACUGUGAAAAGACCUUUCACAGAAAAGACCAUUUGAACAAUCACCUUCAGACUCAUGACCCCAACAAAAUGGCCUUCAGGUGUGAAGAGUGUGGAAAGAAAUACAAUACUAAGCUGGGUUACAAGCGACACCAGGCUCUUCAUGCAGCCACUAGUGGGGAUCUUACCUGCAGGGUGUGCUCCCAAGAGUUUGGAGGAACUGAACUAUUGUUGGAACAUCUCAAAACUCAUGCAGGGAAGCCAGCCAGCAGCACCAAGGAAAAGAAACAUAAGUGCGAUCACUGUGAGCGCCGUUUCUACACUCGUAAAGAUGUGCGGCGUCACAUGGUUGUUCACACAGGCUGCAAGGACUUCUUGUGCCAGUUUUGUGCUCAGAGGUUUGGGCGCAAGGACCAUUUGACUCGCCACACCAAGAAGACCCAUCCACAAGAGCUGCUGAAGAGCAGGUUGCAGAAUGGUGAUUUGCUGGGUCUCUUUGACCCUCUUUCCCCAUUCAGACUAAAGGAAGAAGACAGUGAACUCCCCUCUUUUCCUGAUAGGGUUUCAACACAACAUGGGAUUCUGAGCAGUUCAGAAGCAGGCUACAGCAGUCCACAUACUCACUGUCAACAAGCCCUACAAAGUACACAUUCCCUUGAAUGUCCUCCUCACAUGCCAAGAAUGGGCUGUGUAGAUGCCCUGUCAGCUGUUCAUUCCACACCCUCUCCACCGUCUAUUCCUACCAGCCAGAACUUUCAUCAGCCCAAUAAAUAUGAACCAAGUUCUACCUCAUUCACAUCAGUACCCCUCAAGAAUCUACCCAGCAAAGUAGAUGUUAAAAAUUAUAGUGUAAACCUGCUUGAAGAUCUCCCUUUACCAGAACCUCAUUCACCUCACAAAAUCAAUUUAGAGACUUCCUCAGGGCCCCUCAGUGAUGUUGGCAAGUACACACUGCCCAAGGAGACUGAGACAACCAUUGAAACAAUGAACAUGUCCUCCAUGGAUCUCACUCAUAUACUGGGUUUCUGGCAACUCCCUCCAAGUGAUAACCAGAAUACCAGUGGGGACCUUACAGUGGCAUUUGGUCAGGAGGAACCAUCACAUAGGUGCUGCCUUGGACAACUACAAGGUCCUCAGAUAGCUACAGAUGGUGCAGCUCUCAAUCAGCUUCCUCAUGUCCUUCGCUCUUUUCCAUCCAGCACAAAUUCUGUGACAUUGCCUCAUUUUCACCAUGCAUUCAAAUAACUACCAGCUAUUAUUAAGACUCCUUUUUUUGCCUUAACUUUUUAGGGAGAGAAAAAAAUCUUUUAAAAAUCCAUUAAAAACAAUUUGGGAAUAAUCCUGACAGGAGCUUAUUUUGCGUGAUACUUACUCAUUUUAUAGUGUAUGACAAUAGCAAGAAUGGCAUGUUUUUCCUCUCCAUACCCUAUGUUUUUACAUUUAAACCAAAUAGCUGAAUAAGUGAUCUUCAAUGGAAAAACAACUAGUUUCAUGAUAAGCACAAGAAAUUCUGGCUGCUGUGAUGGGAUGGAUAAUUUAACCUUAAUGAGUCAUGAAGAUGUUGCACAGAUAACUUCAGAAUUGGGAGACAUGUUAAAUUCUACAUCAGAACAUGUAUAAUUUUGGAGGGUCAAGUAGGUUUCUGUGUUGAGCACUUAAUUAAUGAACUUUUAAGUAUGUUUAAGUUGCGAUUCUGUCACUGAAUUACUUUAUCUCCUUGUCUCACUUCUUUUUUAAAACAAAAGACAGAUAUUACUAUGGCAAUUAAAUUGAACUAGAUUUUGUUUUUUAAAGUGCACUUCAGCUGUAUGUGCCUGCAUAUAGGGAGGUGGGUGCGUGUGUACCCGCAUUCAUGUGUGCAUGUGGGCAGAUCUGCAUUUUCCCUGGGUUGGUAGCAGAAGAACAGCUGUCUUAUAUAAAUGGCUUUUGCUAAAACAGAAGUAAAUUGUCUAACACGUUAAGGCAGCAUAUUAAUUUUAAUUUAGAACUUGAUCUGGCAAGAUAUGAGGCACCUUGGGCUGACACCAAGAAAGCACUUCAACACAUAUGCACAUACCUGCAGUCCCAUUGGCUCAGCAUCUUGCAUAUCUAAGGCUCAGUAAAGAUCAUGCGCCUCAUCAAGCUAGGAUUUGAUUCAUCUUUGACUGAUGAAGUUAGUCUUUGUUUAGCCCAGGAAAGCAAUUAAUAAUUUGUACAAGCUGCAGCAUAAAAGUUCUUUGGCUGAUAAACUGCAUUAGCAAUAACAGCUUGAGCUGACAGCCCUCCACAUCAGGUAUAUUAACACAUUAUGAGGUUAGUUGCAGGUCUGCCUCUGAAGGAUUGUAGAAUCCAGUAGUCUACACAGUGUAUCACUCACAGUCACAGAUGGUGCCAAACACCACUGAAGUGUUCAUGUCUAUGUAGCAAGUAUGAUGAUGUAAAAAUCCUUUUAUUAUGGCUUCAGAAUGGGAGCAUUUAGUAAAUUAUAUCUUUUUAAACCACAACAGAAGUAAAGGUAUAAAUAGACCUCAGCUUUGUGCCACCACCACAAUUUUUAUGGUGGCAUAAAGGGAAAGCAAAGAGAUGCCUAUACCAUUUAUCCUACCAUAAAUCAUAGAAAAUUAAGUGUUGGAAGGGACCUCAGGAGGUCAUCUAGUCUAUCCCCCUGCUCAAAGCAGGACCAGCCCUAAUUAGAUCAUCCCAGCCAAGGCUUUGUCUAGCCGGGUCUUAAAAACCUCUAAUUGAGAUUCUACCACCUCUCUGGGUAGCUGUUCCAGUGCUUUACUAUUCUUCUAGUCAGAAAGUUGUUCCUCAUAUCAGACCUAAACUUCCCUUGCUACAACUUGAGACCUUUGCUCCUUGUUCAGUCCUCUGCUACCACUGAAAACAGUCUAGCUACAUCCUCUUUGGAACCAGGUAUUGAAGGCUGCUAUUAAAUCCACUUUCCGCGCCCCCCCCAAGUCUUCUCUUCUCUUCUCCAGACUAAAUAAGCCCAAUAUCUUCAGCCUCUCCUCAUAAUUCAUGCACCCCAAUCCUCUAACCAUUUUCAUUGCCCUCUGCUGGUCUCUCUCCAACAUGUCCACAUCCUUUCCUUAGUGGAGGGCCCAAAACUGGACACAGUACUCUAGAUGUGGCCUCAACAGUACCAAAGAGGGAAAUAAUUACUUCCCUUGAUCUGCUGGCAGUGCUCCUACUAAUGCAGCCUAGUAUGCUGUUAGCCUUCUUUACAAGGGCACACUAUUGGCUCAUACUCAGCUUACUGUCUGCUGUAACUCCCAGGUCCUUUUCUGCAGCUGCUGCUUAGCCAGUCAGUCCCCAGUGUGUCCUGGUGCAUGGGAUUGUUCUGUUCUAAGUGCAGGAUUUUGCACUUGCCCUUAUUGAACUUCAUGAGAUUUCUUUUAGGUCCAACCCUCCAGUUUGUCUAGGUCUCUCUGAACCCUAACCCUACCCUCCAGUUCUUCUACUACUGCACCCAACUUGAUGUCAUUUGCAAACUUGGUGAGGUUGCACUCCAUCCCACCUUCCAGGUCAUUGAUGAAGAUCUUGAACAAAACCAGCCCCUGGACCAACCCCGGGGCUCUCCACUUGAUACUGGCUGCCAACUAGGCAUUGAGCCAUUGAUUACUACCCUUUGAGCCUGAUGAUCCAGCCAGUUUUCUAUCCACCUUACAAUCGAUUAAUUCAAUCAACCCAUACUUCCUUAGCUUACUUGUGAGAACGUUGUCGGUGACUGUAUCUAAAGUCUUGCUGAAGUCAAGGUAUGUCAUGUCCACUGAUCUCUCUGCAUUCACAGAGUCAGUCAUCUUAUGGAAGGCAGUCAAGUUGGUCAGGCAUGACUUGCCCUUGGUGAAUCCAUGGUGACUGUUCCCUUCUUCUCCCCUCAAGUGCUUAGAAAUGAAUUACUUCAGGAUCGGCUCCAUGAUUUUUCCAGGAACUAAGGUGAAGCUGAUUGGUCCUUAGCUUCCUGGAUCCUCUUUCCCUUUUUUAAAGAUGAUCAGUAUAUUUGCCCUGUUCCAGUCAUCUGGGACCUCUCCUGAUUGCCGUGAGUUUUCAAAGAUAGUGGCCAGUGGUUCUAGUUGCCUUGGCCAGCUCUCUCAGCACCCUUAUGUGCAUCGUGUCUGGCCCCAUGUACAAGUCCAUGUCCAGCUUGUCUAAAAGUUCAUUUUCUUUCACCACUGUCAGCUGCUCACCUCCUCCUCAAACUGCUGCCCAAAUUUGUGACCCCAACAAAAAGUGGUAAUAGUUUUUGCCGUUUUAUCAUGGCAGACGUCUGUUAGCUUUAUGGCACAAGACUCUGGGCAGCCCAGAGCUGCCUGCACUCUGCAUCCACUCCAGACAGGUGCUCCUAUGGCUUGAGGGCCCAUCCUGCAUGCUCCCAGAAUUUCCACACAGGAUCAGGCCCCUCAAGCCCUGAGAGUUUCUGCCCAGCUUUCCUCACUCACAGUAAUGCACCCCAAGGAGCCCACUGACAUGGCUGACCACUUCAGGUGGUAACAUCUAUUUAUACUCUUAAUACUUUUCUUUGUGGCAAGUUUUCUAUCUAGAGUUCUAUUCUGACGAUGUCCAAGUGUCUAUCAGAUGCUGUUAGCUGACGAACUAUGGUAUAUUCAUGUAAAUAGCAAAAAAAUUAAUGCUUUUACAAAGCGUGUAUAUUUUUAAAUAAGAAAACCCAUAGGAUUCAUUUUUUUGAACCUCCACAAAGAUCUUUUUAAUUGAUGCUGCUAUUGUUGUUUUUUUAUUAAAAUAUUCUAAGUCCUAAAUCCUGCCAUAGCAGUAGAAGUUACAGGUGUUGAAGGUUCUACUGUAUGUGCAAAAAGGAUGUUUUUUUUCCUUAUUGCUCCCAUUCCUACCAUAUUUUCCUGCAGCACCAAAGAAUUUGUUUAAAAGAUCAUAAAGAUUUGUUUAUUAAUGGACUAUGAAAAGCCUCCUGUUUGACAAAUUGGGAAUGAUAGCAUCUGCAUGAGUGCACAUUUUCCAGCAUAUUUUGGGUAAGCCUUCCAAAAAAUGUCUAUUUUUUUUACCACAUUAACCUUUCUGAUCUUGCAAAUUGUAUUCCCUUUGCAUCAUGCAAAACUAUAUGCUUUUAAAGAUACACAUUUUUAUAGGUAUUCUAUCAUUUUGGUUUGAAGUGAUGUAAUUUUAAAUUACUUUCUUUCAGUUAAAAGAUGUUUGUUAAAAGAAUGUGCAACUUGAGCUGGAAUCAUGACUAUGCUCUAUGUGGAAAUGUUCAACUUUAUUUAACAGGUCAAGUGCCUUUAAAUGUUCUCAAGUUGUUCUGAAAUACAGCCUCUUAUCCUAACGGUGAAGAGUGUUUCUCAUUCAUAUAAAAAUAAAAUGAAUCACUUUUGUUAUUAA